CAAUAUUUGCAUGUAAAUCUUCCUCUAUAAAUACGUUACAUCUCGCAAAUGUUCAUCACAAAAACCAACCAUGAGGCUCGAUCAACAAUCCACGAUCUCAACUAAUUCGAUAACAACUUUGUUGAUUUUCGUAUCGAUAACCGUCUCAACCGUUAACUGCCGGAGACACGUAUCCGACGGAUCUGACGUCACCUACGCCGCAAUCAACUGUCGUAAGCACACAGCAUUUUUGACGGAUUUCGGCGGAGUCGGUGACGGAAAAACGUCGAACACGGCGGUUUUCCGAUCGGCGAUUCAGAAUCUGAGUCAGUUUGAAAACGACGGCGGAUCGCAGCUUAUUGUGCCGCCGGGGAAGUGGCUCACCGGAAGCUUUAACCUAACUAGUCAUUUCACGUUGUUUAUUCAGUUCGGUGCGGUUGUUCUUGCGUCUCAGGAUGAAGGAGAAUAUCCGCUAAUUGAACCGUUGCCGUCGUAUGGUGCCGGUCGAGAUGGACCGGGAGGAAGGUUUAGUAGUCUGAUAGGUGGAUCACACCUUACUGAUGUUGUUAUAACAGGCGACAAUGGCACGAUCGAUGGCCAGGGUUCGAUUUGGUGGGACAAGUUUCAUCAAAAGAAACUGAAGAACACAAGACCAUACUUGAUUGAGCCAAUGUACUCAAAUCAAAUCCAGAUAUCUAACCUCACUCUAGUCAACUCGCCUUCAUGGUUCGUCCAUCCGGUAUAUAGCAGUGAUAUAAUUAUUCAAGAUUUAACCAUUCUUGCACCUGUGGAUUCCCCUAAUACAGAUGGAAUUGAUCCAGAUUCUUGUAAAAAUGUAAAAAUUCAGGAUGUUUUCAUCGUGUCCGGUGACGAUUGUAUCGCCGUGAAAAGCGGAUGGGAUGAAUACGGGAUUAAAUUCGGGAUGCCUACCGAACAAGCGAUCAUAAGGCGAUUAACAUGCAUUUCCCCCGAUAGUGCAGUGAUUGCACUCGGGAGUGAAAUGUCGGGUGGCAUAAAAAACAUUAGAGCCGAAGACAUCACGGCUAUUAAUUCUGAAUCCGGGGUCAGAAUUAAAACGGGCCCCGGAAGGGGAGCAUAUGUUACCGACAUCUUCGUGGACAAAAUGACUUUACAUACGAUGAAGUAUGUAUUUUGGACCACAGGUGCAUAUGGGCAGCACCCGGAUCCAGGUUAUGAUCCGAAGGCACUCCCGAAAAUUGACCGGAUCAACUAUAGAAAUGUGGUGGCGGAUGAUGUACAAAUGGCGGGAAAUAUGGGCGGGAUUGAGGGCGAUCCGUUUACCGGAUUUUGUUUAUCAAAUGUUACUAUUGGGUUGAGUGACAAACCAAAAAAAGUACAGUGGAACUGUACUGAUGUUUCCGGUGUCUCGAGUAACGUGACACCGGAACCAUGUGAUGCUCUGGUGGAUAAAGGCUCGAUUGAGUGCGAGUAUCCAUCGGAUCCGGUUCCGAUAGAUACUGUUCAAAUGCAGACUUGUUCUUUUAGUACUCAAAAGGAUGGUUUUCGAUUACAUAGGUUUUUUUUUUUUGUCCAUGUAGGAUGGUUUUCGAUUACAUGCAAGGAAGCUUUCGCUGCUUGAUGCAGUGUUGGACUACGAUGAUGCCGGAGCCAAUCCUAGGCAUGAUCCAAGGAAGGGGAGGGGCGGAAGGAACCCAUGAUCGAGUUUAUAAGCUCGAUUAUAUUUUUGUUAAGUAUUAAAUAUUAAUGUUUAGAGGGUAUGUAUCUCUACAACAGGUUUAUUAGUGUACUUUGGCUACAACUAUAAGAAUAAAUUAAAGUUUUGUUACUUAAA